GAUGUUUUGACUUUUGACAUUGUUUUAGUGACAUUGACAUUAUGUACUAAGAAAUUGCGAUCUUGAAUAAAAUUCGCAAUUUAGAAGAAAAUAUUAAAAAUGUCCCUCGCUAAAAUCUUUUCACUUUCUUCUCGAGUGCGGGUUUGUGGUGCCAGCAGCACGCUCAUCCGGCAUGCUCAAUACAGCACCCCAAGUGAAGGCAAAGUGGAGAAGGUCUACCCACCAGAGGUACCAGGAUACAAAUAUGUGAAUGCUGAGGACCAAGACAUGAGCUUCAAAGCCAUGACUGAUAGAGCUGCUCAGACAAUCUUUUGGACUGAGUUGAUUAGAGGUUUUGCUGUUACUCUAGCUCAUAUUUUCAAGGAGCCAGCAACAAUUAACUACCCCUUUGAGAAGGGGCCCCUUUCCCCGCGGUUCAGAGGAGAGCAUGCUUUACGGCGUUAUCCCUCUGGGGAGGAGAGGUGCAUUGCUUGCAAGCUGUGCGAAGCUAUUUGUCCUGCACAGGCUAUUACAAUAGAAGCAGAAGAACGUAAGGACGGCUCUCGAAGGACGACACGCUACGAUAUCGACAUGACCAAGUGCAUCUACUGCGGCUUCUGUCAAGAGGCAUGCCCCGUAGACGCGAUCGUGGAAGGGCCCAACUUCGAGUUCUCGACCGAAACUCACGAAGAACUCCUCUACAAUAAGGAAAAGUUACUGUCGAACGGUGACAAAUGGGAGAGCGAAAUAGCUGCUAAUAUUAAAGCUGACCAUCUUUACCGUUAAAACUUAAAGUUAUUGCCAGGUUCUGAAAAUUACACAUUUCGUGGGUAAUUUUUAGAUUCUGGCAGCACUGAGUAGAUCAAUCUGCGUCAUAUCCAUUGGAUAAAACACGUAACAUAGGGAUAAUAAAUUAUAUUGUACUAUAAAUCAA